AUGGAGUUAGCGGAUCGAGCAGUGGGGCUUCUACUAUCUUCAAUCAGUUUAUCAAUAUUCACCUACUACACUUUCUGGGUCAUCAUCCUUCCAUUUGUAGAUAGUGACCACUUCAUCCACAAGUACUUCUUACCCCAAGACUAUGCCAUUCUCGUACCUGUCUUUGCCGGCGUAACUCUCCUCUCUCUUCUUUCUGUGUUCAUCGGCAUGGUCAUGCUCAAAUCCAAAAAGAAGAAGGCUUGA